AUGGCGUCUGCUCUAAAGAAGAUGCGUGAAUGGGACGAUAAGUUCGAAAGGUUUUUCCAAAUUGGUCGACGAGAGGAUGGGAAAUUUUACCUUCAGCUCAGUGAUAGCUGGAAGUAUCGGACGUUUGCUUUAGAAAUGUUUGGUAAAACCGCAUACUGGAUUUUAACGUUUCCAACUGCCAAGCAUAAAAAAUGGAUGUCAAUUGCGUUUGUGAUUGCUGCAACUUUGUGGCUCCAACGAAAAGCUAUGGCAGCUCAUCGAAGAGCAGUAAAUAGGCGGAAAGCGAAAGACGAAAGAAAACGAGUUGGCGAUGCGAAACUUGCCUUAGCUAAUAAACUGGCAACAGCUGACAAGGAUGUUCUUGAGAAGCGGGAAGAUAUUUUAAAGUUGUCUUUGUCAGAGUUAUCUGGAGCUUUGAAAAGCGGCCAUUAUUCACCAGUAGAAGUAUUACAUGCAUACCAGGCUAAGGCUAUGGAUUGCACAAGUCAAGUCAACUGUGUAAUAGAACCAGUGAAUGAAGCAGAGGAGUGGGCAAAACAACUGGAGAAGGAUGAAGAGAGAAGAGGUCUGCUUUAUGGAAUACCUGUCAGUAUCAAAGAAAAUAUAAAUAUAAAGGGCUACACCUCUACCCUAGGGUUGAGUAAAAACAUUGGUAAACCGGCGAAUAAUGACAGCGCACUGGUUCAAGCUUUGAAACAGCAAGGUGCUGUACCAUUUGUUAGAACCAAUGUUCCUCAGCUGUUACUUAGUUUUGUUUGUAGUAAUCCAAUAUAUGGAGAGACAGUAAAUCCAGUUAAUCCAGAUAAAGUUCCUGGUGGCUCAUCCGGUGGGGAAGCAGCCUUAGUUAAGAUGAAUGGGACUCCAUUAGGAUUUGGAACUGAUAUUCUUGGAAGUGCCAGGAUUCCGGCACACAUGUCUGGUGUGUGUGGAUUCAAACCGACUCAGCUAUCGGGAUGUCCUGGUCUUUUUUCCAAAGAUAUUGACAGUAUAGCACUGGGAAUGAGGGCGCUAUUGGUACCGGAAAUGUUUAAAUAUGAUAAAACUGCCGUACCAAUACCAUUCAGGGAACAGAUUUAUAAUGGUGAUAAAAAAUUAAGAAUUGGUUACUAUGACACCGACAAACUGAUACUACCGACAACUCCGUGCAGAAGGGCUGUUGCAAUAGCUAAGAAUGCUUUAGAAAAAGCAGGACAUACGUUGAUACCAUUUGAUCCACCAUCACCAAGUACAACAAGUUAUGUAAAUCAUCCUACUUUUUCUGUGACACUUAAGGGGUCAUUUGCUGAUGACUGUCAAACCCUAAAGACGUUCUUGAAAGAUGAAGAUGUAGAUCCACAUGUUGCAGUUCAGUUACAAGCAUUUUUUUUGCCUGGUUUUCUCAAAAAUCUGUUGUCAUUCUUAAUUCGAUGGUGGGCCUAUAUAAAUGAAUACUUGAAAGCAUGGAAUGAGAGUGAAUUAGACGUAUUGAUCUGCCCUGCUUUUGCUAUACCCGCAUGUACAUCACAACAAUCUGGACGUCUGGCUAUGGCUGCUUCCUACUCCUCUUUAUUCAACAUGUUGGACUUCCCAGCAGGCUGUGUGCCAGUUACCACAGUAACAGAAGCUGAUGAAGAGGAUAUGAAGACUUAUCCUACAAAUGAUAUAUUUGACUGGCUCAUUAAAAAGGUAUUUUGGAUUUAG